GCAGAGUUUGAUAUCGGUUUCAAAAAUCCGAAUACGACUAUUCGACUGACAUCACAAUGAGGCUGGCUAUCACUCUCCUUCUCACCUUGUUCUACGGCAAAUUCCUUCUGGCCGAACCAGUAACUGUCAGUGUACACGAUGAAGACAACAAUUCAACCGUACGCGUUACAUCGGGAAAGGAGUUAAAUGGAACAGAAGAGGGAACUCGUGCUAGCGAUUAUCCUGCCAAUGUCACUGAAUCUUCUUCUGACAGUGGUGAUAAUGUCACAGCUGUAACUUCUGGAUCGAAAUUGCUUCGUGGUGGGUAUGGCGGCGACAAAGGCGGCUAUUCCAGUCACCACUAUGGUAAUAAAUCCGGUGAUUACAAGAAUCAAAAACAUGGUUACCAAAACAAGUCUGGUUCCCACCAUGGUCAUAAUGACGUUUAUGGUUCUAAGAAGGGCGGAUACAAAGGUUCUCCCAAACAUGGCCAUCAUGGUUAUGGUAAUUAUUCCAAGGAUUAUAAACACGGCAAAAAGUAUUACGGCGGUCGUAAAGGUGGUUAUGGUAAGAAGCACGGUCACGGUGGUUAUAAACGAGGUCACAAGAAAGACUAUGAUGGAAACAAUAGUGUCGGCUGUGAUUAUGGCGGCCGAGAUGAAUAUUGCAUUGGUUAUUAUCAUGACGAUAUUUAUCAUAAUAGAGCUUCUAGGGUUGCUUAUCGUAACGGGAAUGACCACGGUGACGAUCAUAAUAAUGAUGUUGAACAUAAUGUCCACAUUCGUGGUGAUAAUAGUCAAUGUAGUCACGGUGGCGGCUAUAAUAGUGGGAACGAUAUUCAUGAUGAUCAUAAUGGUAGUCGUCGGCAGGGAAACAAUUACUCUGACGGAAUUUCUGAAGAUAUGUAG